AUGGCAGAUAAUAACGAGAUACCCACACUUGUAUCUGCAGCAGCAGGACAAGAACCAUCUCACACAUAUAUUCCAAAUCAAGGAUAUGCCCACCCCGCCACUUCAGAUGCCCCUCCAAUGACUCCGACUUCUGGUGAAAAUACAGAAUAUGCCGCAGAUAACGAAGACGAUGCAUACGAUGAUUUAUUCGAUGAGGAAGAUGACGGGUACGUUGACGACGUCGAUUAUGACCCAUCUUCCGGUGAUUUAACCAAAUCCUAUAACCGUCAACGCAAGCUCAACGAUGCAACCGCCACUGGUGCCCCUCGAAUAAAUCCCCAAAGACCGGCUGCGAAUACCAAGGCAAGUGUCGAUGAUCAGAUCACCAGUUUGUCAAAACAUGCUGCUAAGAUCAGAUUGGAUGGCAGUUUCGAUGGAGGUCAUAAAACACAUGGAAAAGAUAAAUCGGAUCGUGCGACGAGUGAACAAGUUUUGGAUCCUCGUACACGUAUGAUUUUACUUCAGAUGAUCAAUAGAGGUAUUGUUUCCGAAGUCAACGGAUGUUUAAGUACGGGUAAGGAAGCCAACGUAUAUGGGGCCUUAUCAAUUCCCUCGACAGACGCAGAUUCACAACCAAUUCACCGGGCUAUUAAGGUCUACAAGACUAGUAUCUUGGUCUUUAAGGAUCGUGAUCGCUAUGUUACUGGUGAACAUAGAUUCAGAUCAGGAUACAAUAAAGGAAAUAACAGAGCUAUGGUCAAAGUCUGGGCUGAGAAAGAGUUCCGAAAUUUAAAACGUCUACAUUUGGCUGGAAUCCCUUGUCCAGAACCUGUCCAUCUACGUCUACAUGUCCUUGUCAUGGGGUUCCUAGGUGAUAAGAAGGGAUGGGCCGCACCAAGACUUCGAGAUGUAGAGCUCUCUGGUGAUGACGUCGAUGAACAGUAUCGAUUGCUCUACCUACAACUCAUUGGACUCAUGCGAAGAAUGUACCAAACAUGUAAACUUGUUCACGCAGAUUUGAGUGAGUAUAACGUAUUAUACCACCAGAAAAAACUUUUCAUUAUCGAUGUUUCUCAAAGUGUUGAACACGACCAUCCUCGUUCAUUGGAAUUCCUCCGAAUGGAUAUCAAGAACGUAUCCGAUUUCUUCAAGCGCAAGAAUGUCGAAGUCUUAUCCGAACAAACCAUUUACCAAUUUAUCACUUUCCAUGAUGGACCAACCCAGGAGCCGGGACUCAGUGAAGCGCUUGAGAAACUACUUCUUGAAAGACCUGAAGAAGAUGAAACUGAAGAAGCUGUCGCCAAACGACAAGUAGAAAAUGAAGUUUACCGUCAACAAUACAUACCACAAACUCUAGAGCAAGUCUACGAUUUCGAGCGCGAUGCUGAGAAAGUAGGAAAGGGUGAACGAGGCGACCUUGUGUAUCGAAAUUUGUUGGCUGCGGAUAAGAUGCCUAUGUCUUCGGGCAACGAGGCGGAUGCAGAGGAUACGAUGGGCGACGGUACUAGUCAGGCCAGUGAUGAUGAUGAAGAUGCGGAGGGUGACGAAGAUGGAGAGGAUGGAGAUGAUGACGAUGACGAGAAGAGAUUUGAGAAGGGUACACCGAGAGGGAAGAGAUUCGAGGAUAAAGAUGCUAAGAAGGAACACAAGAAAGCAGUCAAAGAAGAGAAACGUGAAAAGAGAAAAGACAAAAUUCCCAAACAUCUCAAGAAGAAACUUGUGAGCUCGACGGCAAAACAUAAGCACUAGUUUUAAAGUCG